AUGGAUGCCGCGGCAUAUCGUCGACUUCAGCACCGCAUGGAGUCCCGUGGCCGAGCGGCUAGCAGCCACUCCACGUGUGAUGUGUGUGGUUACCACUGCAGCUGCCCACCACAUGUGCGGCGCGAAGGCCACGGUGAUGAUGAUCGUCUCCGCGGCGCUAUUGGUGACGAUCGUCGCCCGACUCGUGGCGCUGCCUCCUCAGUGGCUCCCAACGCGCAAGCGUGGCUGCUGCAGCGAGUGCAAGGCGUGGAAGUAGACAUCACCAACGGCGGCAUAGAUCACCGUCGACAUGUAUCGUGUUGCUGCUCCUGCUGUAUUGGGUACCACCACUUGUUUCACGCACGACACGGCUGCAGCGGUAGUGUUUGUUGGAGAGUGGAGGAACGUGAAAAGGGGGAAAAGGGAGACCCGUUGAAGGAGUCGUGCGCGAGACGCUCGUUUUCGCCAAAGAGCUCGGCAGGCGUAUCACAUUCACCCAUAGUGGCGGCACACACCCACACGAAGACUGUGGAGACUGACUUGGGGGAUGCCGCGUUGGCCGGCAACGCGCGGGAUGCCCAGCGGGGCCUGACAUUCAGGCCUUCUAGGUCUUCUCUUACGCUCUCGUCGUUUAUUCGCCUGGCGGAGUCCGUGCCGUUGCAUUUGUCGUCUGUGGGUGAAAAUAAAAGUCAUGAGGGAGGCGGUUGCCAGCCACCCCAGCACAGUACACCGCCGCAUGAAUACGGAGGCGUGUCGAAGGAGAGCACGGAGGUGCGUCAGCCACUCCGCAGAGGCAUGCCCUCCCUUUUGCCUGUUGCUCUGUCAGCAGGACAGACAGCGGCACAGCAGAGUCUGCAGUCAAUUCCGCACCCGGUCUCUGUGGCCUCACCGCAAAAGAUACCGUCUCCAAAACGACAAGGCACGGAAGAUAUUUCAGCCGAGACCUCGAAGGUAACUAUUGAUGCAGCUGCCGCUACGCAACACGCGCACACCACCGGGAUUGCACCGAUCGUUCAUAUGAGCGGCUUCUCUCUUGCUAGCCUGCCAAAUGUUAGUGUGUCAUUUUCCAUGCCGCAGCCUAGCAGUUCACAUGUAGUAAAAUCUCCACCAUCUGUCUGUGCGCCAGUAGUUGCACACCAAGUUUCUUUUUUGGAAUCAUCCGCCUCCCCGCAAACUUCGACGCCAGUUCCAGCGGCCACAUCCGUUGUGCAGCCAACGCCGAGCACCUUGUCGGAAGCCGCAGGAGCUGCAAUGACUUCGGCAGGGACAGCACAAACUUCGACGCCAGUUCCCGCGGCCACAUCCGUUGUGCAGCCAACGCCGAGCACCUUGUCGGAAGCUGCAGGAGCUGCAAUGACUUCGGCAGGGACAGCACAAACUUCGACGCCAGUUCCCGCGGCCAUAUCCGUUGUGCAGCCAACGCCGAACACCUUGUCGGAAGCUGCAGGAGCUGCAAUGACUUCGGCAGGGACAGCACAAACUUCCGCGCCAGUUCCCGCGGCCACAUCCGUUGUGCAGCCAACGCCGAGCACCUUGUCGGAAGCUGCAGGAGCUGCAAUGACUUCGGCAGGGACAGCACAAACUUCGACGCCAGUUCCCGCGGCCACAUCCGUUGUGCAGCCAACGCCGAACACCUUGUCGGAAGCUGCAGGAGCUGCAAUGACUUCGGCAGGGACAGCACAAACUUCGACGCCAGUUCCCGCGGCCAUAUCCGUUGUGCAGCCGGCUUUAGCGGCGGGAACUCCUGAACCAACGCCUGCGGAUGUUAUGAAUGCGCUGCGAGAGAAGUUGUUGUUGGAAAAUGCCGACGCCUAUGUGCGCAACUUGGAGCAGCAGCGGCUGGAGGAAAAGCUUGCUUACGAACAAGAAGAGCAGCGGGCUUCGAAAACCCAUGGACAAAUAUUGGAGCUGUUGGUCCGUCUUCGUCAGGACGACCAGGAAAUGCUGGAGGCGAUGUAUGAAAACAUAGUAGAGCCUGUGGAAGCCUCCUUUUCCAGCCCGGCAUCUGCCGUACAACGAUUGCCUACUCCUCUCCAAAGAAGGAUGGAACACACAAUAGUGUCACAGCCCAAUUUGUCACCGUUUCCGGCGGAAGUGAUGACCGCCUACAAGAUGGACACGGGGAAAAAGGCGCAGUCGGCUCCACAGCCGAAACCGAAAGCGCCAGCCCAGGCGGAAUUACCGCCCCCACUACCACCGCCGCCUUUGGUCUACACCGUGCCACCAUCUCCGCGAGUAUCAACGGCCACGGCGCCAGCGAUACCCCAGUUGAGACACGAGCUGCCAGAAGCACCACCAUUUGCGUCCAAGGGAGUACCAUGGGGAUCGACAGAAGGGACGAUGAAGGCAUGGGUGGACAAGCACUUUGGAUCUUCUUUGGAUCCACAGCACCGUGCGCUCUUGCAGCAUGUAUUGCUUUCGAGAGAGGCGGAGAUACGGCGGGUGGCAGCUGCCGAAUCCCAAUGUAAAAGACUUGAAGCACAAAUUCUUGGUGCUAAAAACUCCGUUCCACCAUUGGCUGUUGAAGAGACUGCUCGAGCAAACUUGAGUCAGUGGCAACAGGAACGAGAUAGAGAGUUAACCCAGGCACUCAGUCUAAUUUAUGCAAAAGAAGAAGAGCUCAUGGCAGUUCGAAAGGCGCAGGAAGAGCAGAAGGCAAAGUUAAAUGAACUGACACGGUUACUGCAAACACAUUCCGUGCAGUCGGAAGUUCUUGGAGCUCAAGAAGAAAAAGAAGAGCUGCGUCGGUGGAAGAUGCGCUGCGACGCUAUCGAGCAACAGCACCGAUUCAGUGUUCAGCGCCUGGAAGAACUACAGGCGUAUAUUGAGCAGUUACGAAAUGGUGCUCAACAGGCAGUUAUGAAUGUCGUCUCUUCGAGCGCGGCUGCUCGACCCCUGCCGUCAGACACGAGAGGUGCACAACUGUCUUCUGUGAAUGCCUCGCGGCCAACUUGUUGUUUGGAAACGGCUUCACAGCAUAGUACUGUCCCCCUUGCUAAGCCGUCAUCUGCCCCUCGUUAUUUUUCACCACCACGAAUGACUGACGGUGCAUUUGCGGCGGCGGCGCCACAGCGAGAGAGACCUGCCGCAGACGCAUCGAAUGCACCCCAACCCUGUUUGGACGCCGCUCCUCCUCCUACUGCCGGUUUGGAUCGUGCGGCGGCGUUGAAGCAGCUUCGCGAGGAAAUGGAUUUGGAGUGUGCUCGAUUUGCCAAUGAGACACAACUCUGGCACGAGUAUCUAAAGCAUCAAGAAGAGAGACGGUUACAGCUGCACGGUCGAUGA